GUCCGUGCCCUCAUCAGGACUCCGCCCAGACGUGCGUCAUCUUCCCGCGCCGGCGACGGAAGUGCGGUGGUGACCGCUGGCGGGUCGCGCCCACGCUGGGCCGGGAGUCGAAAUGCUUCCCGGUGCCGGGAGUAAGUGAUGAGCUGGCUUCUGUUCCUGGCCCACAGAGUCGCCUUGGCCGCCGUGCCCUGCCGCCGCGGCACUCGCGGGUUCGGGAUGUUCUAUGCCGUGAGGAGGGGCCGCAAGACCGGGGUCUUUCUGACCUGGACUGAGUGCAAAGCACAGGUGGACCGGUUCCCUGCUGCCAGAUUUAAGAAGUUUGCCACAGAGGAUGAGGCCUGGGCCUUUGUCAGGAAAUCUGCAAUCCUGGAAGUUUCAGAAGGGCAGGAAAAUCAACAUGGACAAGAAUCGGAGACGAAAGCCAGCAAGCGACUCCGUGAGCCACUGGAUGGAGAUGGACAUGGAGAUGAAAGCGCAGAGCCGUAUGCAAAGCACAUGAAGCCGAGCGUGGAGCCGGCGCCUCCAGUUAGCAGAGACACGUUUUCCUACAUGGGAGACUUCGUCGUCGUCUACACUGAUGGCUGCUGCUCCAGUAAUGGGCGUAGAAGGCCACGAGCAGGAAUCGGCGUUUACUGGGGGCCAGGCCAUCCUUUAAAUGUAGGCAUUAGACUUCCUGGGCGGCAGACAAACCAAAGAGCAGAAAUUCAUGCAGCCUGCAAAGCCAUUGAACAAGCAAAGACUCAAAACAUCAAUAAACUGGUUCUGUAUACAGACAGUAUGUUUACAAUAAAUGGUAUAACUAACUGGGUUCAAGGUUGGAAGAAAAAUGGGUGGAAGACAAGUGCAGGGAAAGAGGUGAUCAACAAAGAGGACUUUGUGGCACUGGAGAGGCUGACCCAGGGGAUGGACAUUCAGUGGAUGCAUGUUCCUGGUCAUUCGGGAUUUAUAGGCAAUGAAGAAGCUGAUAGAUUGGCCAGAGAAGGAGCUAAACAAUCGGAAGACUGAGCCAUGUGACUUUAGUCCUUGGGAGAACUUGAGCCAGUGGCGGUCUUGCUACUUGUACUUACUGGUGUGGAAAAUAGCCUGCAGGUAGGACCAUUGCAGUGAUGGGCAGAUGCGUCUUUCACACGGAAUCAGGCACAGUGGCCUUCUGUGACAUGUUUUUAUAAAAAAUGGUUAAGUAUAUAAUAAAUUGAACAUCUUUGAGACUGGAGAAUUAUGUGAGAUUUCCGCAUUAUGUUUACUGGGUUCAAUACUGUCCUUGCUUGUUUUAUUGCAGGCAAGCAAGGCAAAUGGCCUAAAAUGCCGUGGCUUAUAUUUUGAUAAGAAAUUAAAAAACCAUUGGUUAAAAGAUGCAACUCAGAAGUCUGGAAGUAUUCUGAAAGCAUCCAUUUACCGUCCAGUCGACAAAAUUGAGUCUCCUGCUUGUGUAGGUGACUUGUGCCCAUGGGGACAUUAGAGAAACAUGCUGCCCAGGGCCUGGGCAGGCAGCUCAGUGGGCAGGAUGUGUGCUGGGUCUCAGCCCCAUGUGCCUGCUUGCUGGGCACUUAGUAUAGGGCAAAGCCUGCCUGCGGCGACCCUGGCUGCCAGGCCAUUCUCUGAGAACAGCGGCGACUUGUAAAGACCAAGAUGCAUACAUGAACUUUCAAAAAUUUAUGUGGCUCCUUUGUUAAAAACUGUGCAAAUUAAAAAAAAAAAAAAAAAAAGAAUGACACCGGCUGGGCAUGGUGGCUCACUUCUGCAGUCCCAGCACUUUGGGAGGCCAAGGUUGGCGGAUCACUUGAGGUCAGGAGUUUGAGACCAACUUGGCCAACAUGACGAAACCCUGUCUCUACUAAAAAUACAAAAAUUAUCCAGGUGUGGUGGCACGGGCUUGUAGUCCCAGUUACUUGGGAGGCUGAGGCACAAGAAUCACUUGAACCCAGGAGGCAGAGGUUGUAGUGAGCCGAGAUUGUGCCAGUGCACUCCAGCCUGGGCAACAGAGUGAGACUGUGUCUCAAAAAAAAUAAAAGUAAUAAAAGUUUGACAUGAUUAUUUAUUUAGUUUUAAACCUUUUUAUCAUAAAAACAUACAGGAAGUGACACAAAACAAAUAUAUAGCUUAUUGAAUGAUUAUGAUUGUAAGGUGAAUAACCUUUGUGUCCACCACCUGGGGAAGAAAUAGUACUUUGCCAGAUACCCCAGAAGGCUCUCCAAGUGCCCUCCAGCUGCAGCCUCCGUCUUCUCCCCCUUCUUGCCCCUAGAAGUAAUCCUGACUUUUACAGAAAUGACUUUCUUGGUUUUUUGGUGGCAGUUUAGUCUUGUCUGCUUUUUUUUGUCUGUUUUUUUAACUACUUCAGUGUCCAUUUGCAGUCCCGUCUGCCUCACUGUUUUCCCUGCCGUUUAUCUGUUGAAGAGCUUGGGCUGUUUGUCCCAUGGCUUCCCACAGUGUAGAUUUUGCUGACCACGUGGUCAUGGUGUAGUUCAGCAUGGCCCUCUAUGUUUCCUGCACAUUGGCAGCUGGGUUCAGAGGCUUGAUGAGCCUCAAAUUUGAUCCCUUUGGCAGGAGAAUAGGUGGUUAGGAGCUUUCCUCAGGAAAGUACCAUGUUGAUAGCAGCUGAUGCUCAGUGCCAAGAUCCAUUAAUUAUUUGGGGUUGCAAAAUGGUGGUAUUCUCAUUCUGUCAUUUUGCUUGCCUUUAUUAGCUGGAAUGGUUUUCUAAGAAAGUGUUUUCUUUUUUACACUUAUUUGGUUACCCAGUGGUACAGUUCAUAUAGGAAGGGCAGGAUAAAUGCUGGAUUCUUUGCUCUUGUACACUAAGUUUUUAAGAUAACGCAUUAGUUGUCUGUCAAGGAAGGCGAGUGGUGAAGGGUUUUUACGUAUAUACAAGAAUUCAUGGGCUGGGCAUGGUGGCUUAUGCCUGUAAUCCCAGCACUUUGGGAGGCUGAGGCUGGAGGAUCACGUGAACCCAGGAGUUUGAGACUAGCCUGGGCAACAUAGCGAUACCCUACAGAAAAUUACAAUAAAAUCAGGUGGGUGUGGUAGUGCCUGCCUGUUGUCCCAGCUAUUCUGGACAAUCCUCUGAGAUGGGAGGAUCCUCUGAGAUGGGAGGAUCGCCUGGGCCCAGGAGGUCGAGGAUGCAUGAGCUGUGACCGUGCCACCGCACUCCAGCCUGGGCGACAGCAAGUCCUUGUCUUAAAAAAAAAAAAAAAGAAUUUGUGGAGUUAAGCAUAUUUGGUGGGUUUCAAUCCGUUGUGAUUUUUAUCUUUCUUUAGCUCAGACUAGCUUAUUCGGUCAGUGAGAGGGAGCCUCUUCAGCUUGGCUCUUGAUUUCUUUUGAUAAGUGUGCACACGUGUGCAUACAUGUGUGCACAGACCACAUGCACAGUCACUGAUAGCUCCCUGCAGCCUGGCAUGUCAGGGUGCUCUAGGCCCAUUUUAUAUAGCUUCUGCUCCAAACCUGUCUUAAAAGAAAAACUUUAGACAAGUUAGCAGUUUAAUUGAGCAGAAAAUUGUUUCUUCAGCUGGGUAGCACUCAGGACCAAAAGUGGUUCAGAACGCUCCCCUGUGCGUUGUGUGCAGGCUGUAUUUAUUUAUAGCCAUAGGAAGGGAAAGACACACAUACAUGGCCAGACUGACUGCAGGUCAGCCUCCACCUCACAUAGGUAUGUUUUGGCAGCCUUCAGCUUGUGAUUGGCGAGACUCUGCUGCUUGUUACAGAAGUGUACUCUCAAGUCACGUCCCAGUUUGUUUAUACAUUAAGUGGGGUUAUAAGUCACUAUGUACAGAGGCAGUUUUAGGCCAAACUUAAUUCCGUUUAACACUUGGAAUCCAUUAUUUUUCCCAGAGUCUCUGGUAGAGAUAGUAUUUCAGAUCCAGUUUAGGAUGCUCAUUGCUGUCGGGUUGGUCAUUGUUUCUAGAUUUUUGGACAGAGCUUUAAAAAACCAUUGCACACACACAUUUAAAGGAAAAAUAUUUUCUGAGCCUAUAUUGAUAUUCCCAAUACAAAUUCAGGGUCCCGGGGGCUUUACGUAGCCUCUUCUAUAUGAUGUCUGUGUCUCCUGCACUCGGAAUCCUGCUUCUCAAGACACAAGACGAUGGCAUGGAAUAUCCCGUAAUCACUCAUUUGUUUUAUUCCUCUUUAGCAUUUAAAAAAAAUGCUAAUACCGUAGCAUUAAUUGUGAUGAUGAAAACAGCACUGUGUCUACAUUGUCAGAAAAAUCACUCCCUUUUACUGCCAUUGACUCAUUUCUGUGUGUUCAGUUCUCAUAACCGGUCUAUAGUCAGUGUCAUCUUGGGGACAGUAUUCCUUGACUUUCUGAUGUUGAAUUCAGUUUUGCUGGAUACGAAAUUCUUGGCCCAGAUUUUCUUUGAGUAUCUUGUUUUAUUCUGUUUUCUUCCAGCAUAAAGUGAUGCAUGAAAAGCCUGAUGAAUCUUAUUUUCUUCCCCUGACAGUCAUAUGCUGUUUUUUCUUAGAUGCCUAAAGGAUUUUUUCCUUUUUCUGUCAAGUCGGCAGUUUUAUUUGAACGUGUCAUGUGUGGGUAUUGGUUGUCCUGGUCCAUAUUUGCAAGUGUAUGGUGUGCUCUUUCUAUGUGUGCUUCACAUCUGUUAUUUUAAGAAGAUUUGCUUGAACUGGAGUUUUGUGUUAUAUUUUUCUUGCUUUGGCUUUUUUCUGUGGGGAUCCCUGUUAUCUGUAUGUUGAAAUCUAAAUUGCCUGUUUUCAGUGUUUGCCACUGUCUCUUGAAUCUCUUUUAUCUCUUUCUUCGUUUCUUUUUGAGUUUUAAAAGUUGUUAUUGUACCACUUUUGUUUUGUUAUUUGAAAUAGGAACAGUGUCUCACUCUGUUGCCCAGGCUGGUCUUAAACUCCUGGCCUCAAGUGAUCCUCCUUCUUUAGCCUCCCAAACUGCUGGGAUUACAGGUGUGAGCCACCAAACCCAGCCCCACCUUGUUGAAGUGUAACUGACAGAUAAUGAAUUGCACAUACGUGAAGUGACCGAUGCAUUUGCCUGUGAAGCUAUGGCCAGAACAUGUGCAUCACCACCAACAGCAUUUUCACACCCCUUUGUAAACCGUCCCUCGUGUCCCCCAUGCUCAGGCAACCACUAGUCUGCUCUCUCUCACUAAAGGUUAAUUUAUAUAUUCUAGAAUUUUAUCUGAGUGGAAUCGCAGAGCAAGUACUGUGGGGGGAGUUGCUGCUUUUACUCAGCAUAAUUAUUUUGGCACUCACCCAUUUUGUGUACAUCAAUAAUCCACAUUUUGUGUUGCAUGGAUAUACCACAGUUUAUUUACCUGUUGACCGAUAUUUCGAUUAUUUCCCAUUUCUAAAUAAAAAUAAAGCAAAUAAAGCUGCCAUGAACAUUUA